AUGAUCAACCCUGUUAUAAAUGUGAAAGAAGGUAAACUUCGGGGUUGUGUGGAAAAACUUCAUAAUGGCCAGGAAUAUUACAGUUUUAAGGGCAUCCCAUAUGCAGAGCCACCAGUUGGAGAUCUUAGAUUCAAGGCACCUAUUCCUCCAAAGCCUUGGUCUGGAACACGAGAUGCCUUGGAACAUGGCCCUAAUUGUCCACAUUUUGAUAUCUUUUCCGUGACCGGUGAAAAUGUUGAUGAGAAUUGUUUAUUCCUCAAUGUGUACACUCCGACGUUGCAAACUGACUCCAAAUUACCAGUGAUGUUCUUCAUACAUGGCGGAGAUGUUGAUCCUGUUAACAGAGCUUUCAGAGUCGGAAAGUUCCUCGGAAAAGAUACGGACAAUCCCAAUGAGUUAUUGACUUAUUUACAAAGCCUACCGUCAAAGAAGUUAGUAUCACUAACAAUGAAAACAGCCACUAAGGAAGAAAAGACGACGGGUUUACCUAUAAAGUUUGUUCCAGUUGUUGAAAAAAAAUUUGGUGAUAAUGAAGUAUUUUUACCAGAAAAUCCUCUAGAUAUGCUUAUGGGUGGUAAAACACAUGACAUACCUUUUAUGACAGGAUACAAUUCAUCAGAAGGAUUCCUAAUAGUUCCAAAUGAGUUGCCGAAAUUGGCUUACAUUAAUAAGCACCCAGCCUGUUUAGUUCCAAAAGAUAUUUAUAAUAAAGUAUCAAAAGAUAAAGUUUUGGAAUUUGGUGCAAGGAUCAAACAAUUCUAUUGGGGUGACAGAGAUUUAACAAAAGAUGACAUCCAAAUCCUUACAGACUUACUAUCAGAUGUACACUUUAUUGUGGCCGCUUAUAGAUAUGCCAGUUAUUAUUCAAAGUAUAACACUCCCAUAUACAUGUAUAGAUUUAAUUUAGUAACAGAAUUGAAUUGGACACAGCAGAUGCUCGGUUUGACAGAAUACAAAGGUGCCUGCCAUUUUGAUGACAUAUUUUACAUGUUUAGUAACGGAAUGAAUAGAGAGAAAUAUGAAAAAAGUCCAAUUUUACAAGAAUAUAUACACAAUAUUACCAAAAUAUGGACCGAUUUUGCUAAAACAGGUAAUCCAACACCCGACAACAGUCUAGGAGUGACUUGGUCUCCAUACACAUCAACAGGAAAGGAAUAUUUACAAAUUGAUAAUGAACUAUCCAUGGGAAGAAACGCGGAGAAGACAAGAUUGGACUUCUGGGAUCAAUUGUAUACUGAAGCUGGGCUACCGAGUAUUAUUAAGAGUAACUUGUGA